ACGUCGGCGGCGGCGGCUGGCGUUUCCUGCGCAUUGUCUGCAAGACCGCGCGGCGGGACCUCUUGCACUUGAUACACUUGGGCGCUGUCACGCUGAGAAUGGCACCGAUCCCCCAUUGACAGACGGGUCGCUGCUCUGGGCCCCGCUUCCUGUUCGUGAGUAGCGCAGGGGCGGUACCGAUGCCUCGUGUACCUGGAGACACCUUGGGGUCAGUAGGCUCAGCCUCCUGGUGUUCCAGGUAAGGAGGCCCAGAGAGGGCCGGGUCUGCCCAAGCCCCACAGCUGGUAGGCGGUGGAGUGGAAUUUGAACUCCAGGCCACUUUCCCUUCCCCUGGGCUGUGUCGGGGCUCCCUGCUCCUGCCGGGGGGGCACUCGAGCAGUCGGCGUUUGCAUGAGGCCCUCAGAUGACGCCCUGCCCCCUCCCCUGGACCUUCCCCGGGACUUCCUGGGCUGACCCCUGCUCUCGGGACUUGCUUGUUCCUCUCUCUUCCUUGCAGGGUGGGUAUGAAUCAGGUUGCUGGGCAGAUAUAAUGCUAAUUCACUUCAGAUUUCUUACUGACUGCGUGCCUCUGUGGGGAGAGGAUAGCAACAGAGUUUACUGAGAACCUAGGACGUGCCAGGCCCCAUCCUCCAAAAUCUGCGUCCACCUCUUUUGUCUCUACAGUGACCUAGGAGGUGCAGGAUUUUAUUGUCCCCAUUUUCCGUGAGGCCCAGAGAGGGAAGUACCUGCCCACAGCUGCCGUGCCCUGUGCUUGGUGCCGGAACUGCAGCCCUGGACACGACAGACAGACAGAUGGGGAGCCUGCUCCCCUGGACACAGACAGCAAGUCCAGGAAACACUGAAGGAAGACCGCCGUUUGGAUUCGGCCUCUCUGUGCUGAUCCGCGUGCGCCUGGAACUGCGGCGGCACCAGCGUGCCUGCCACACCAUCCCGCGGAUCUUCCAGGUGGUGGCAAGGCGGCAGCCCGAGCGCCUGGCCCUGGUGGAUGCGGCCAGUGGGGCGAGCUGGACCUUCGCGCAGCUGGACGCCUACUCCAACGCCGUGGCCAACCUCUUCCACCAGCUGGGCUUUGUGCCGGGUGACGUGGUGGCCAUCUUCCUGGAGGGCAGGCCUGAGUUUGUGGGGCUGUGGCUGGGCCUGGCCAAGGCGGGCGUGGAGGCCGCGCUGCUCAACGUUAACCUGCGGCGCGAGCCCCUGGCCUUCUGCCUGGGCGCCUCGGGUGCCAAGGCCCUGGUCUUCGGAGGGGAGCUGACGGCGGCGGUGGCCGAGGUCAGUGGACAGCUGGGGAAGAGCCUGCUCAAGUUCUGCUCUGGAGACUUGGGGCCCGAGGGUGUCUUGCCAGACACCCAGCUCCUGGACCCACUGCUGAAGGAGGCCUCCACAGCCCCUCUGGCACAGCCCCCCUGCAAGGGCAUGGACGACCGACUCUUCUACAUCUACACGUCAGGGACCACGGGGCUGCCCAAGGCUGCCAUCGUCGUGCACAGCAGGUUCUACCGCAUGGUGGCAUUCAGCCAUCACGCCUACAGCAUGCGGCCGGCGGACGUGCUCUACGACUGUCUGCCGCUUUACCACUCGGCAGGCAACAUCAUCGGUGUGGGCCAGUGCCUCGUCUAUGGGCUCACCGUCGUCCUCCGCAAGAAGUUCUCGGCCAGCCGCUUCUGGGACGACUGCGUCCAGCACAACUGCACGGUGGUGCAGUACAUCGGGGAGAUCUGCCGCUACCUGCUGAGGCAGCCGGUGCGCGAAGCGGAGGGGCGGCACCGUGUGCGCCUGGCCGUGGGCAACGGGCUGCGGCCGGCCAUCUGGGAGGAGUUCGCGGAGCGCUUCGGCGUGCGCCACAUCGGCGAGUUCUACGGCGCCACUGAGUGCAACUGCAGCAUCGCCAACGUGGACGGGAAGGUCGGCUCCUGUGGCUUCAGCAGCCGCAUCCUGCCCCAUGUGUACCCCAUCCGGCUGGUGAAGGUCAAUGAGGACACCAUGGAACUCCUGCGGGAUGCCCAGGGCCUCUGCAUUCCGUGUCAGGCUGGGGAGCCCGGCCUCCUUGUGGGCCAGAUCAACCAGCAGGACCCACUGCGUCGAUUCGAUGGCUACAUCAGCGAGAGCGCCACCAGCAAGAAGAUCGCCCACAGCGUCUUCCAAAAGGGCGACAGCGCCUACCUCUCAGGUGACGUGUUGGUGAUGGAUGAGCUGGGCUACAUGUACUUCCGGGACCGCAGUGGGGACACCUUCCGCUGGCGUGGGGAGAACGUCUCCACCACCGAGGUGGAGGGUGUGCUGAGCCGUCUGCUGGGCCAAACAGAUGUGGCCGUGUAUGGGGUGGCCGUGCCAGGAGUAGAGGGCAGAGCAGGCAUGGCAGCCAUUGCGGACCCCCACGGUCAGCUGAGCCCCGAUGCGCUGUACCAGGAGCUACAGAAGGUGCUGGCGCCCUACGCCCGGCCCAUCUUCCUCCGCCUCCUGCCCCAAGUGGACACCACGGGCACCUUCAAGAUCCAGAAGACGAGGCUGCAGCACGAGGGCUUCGACCCACGCCAGACUGCGGACCGCCUCUUCUUUCUGGACCUAAAGCAGGGCCACUACCUGCCCCUGGACCAGGGUGUCUACACCCGCAUCUGCUCCGGCGCCUUCGCCCUCUGAUUCUUCUCUUUUACCAGCCGGAGACCCCCAGCGAGGCCCGGAGAGCGAGGCGGCUUGAGGCAGACAGCCCUGCCCGGGGGCGGCCGAGCUGUACCAGGUGGGGCCGUCCUGGGGCCGAGAAACUGGAGCCUGGACUUCGGAGGAGUGGCAUCUCGCUCCCACCUUCACCCUCCUCUCCCCGGUGCCCGCGCUGCCCUCCUCCCGCUCCGCGUCUGUGCCAGUCUCUCCUCCCUGCUUCUCGGCCUCCCUCAGUCCCGCCGGCCCUCACCUCCUUCUGCUCCCUCCGUCUCUCCUCCUCCCGCCCUGUUCUCUCCUGCAAGGACAGAGUGGACAUUUCCUGGGGUUGUGGCCUGUACAGGGCCAAGCUGCCCUCCGGCCUCCGUGAGUCAUCCCCGCUGGGCCCUAGACCCAGAGUGGGGUCUCCCUGCCUCCCUCUCAGCUGUGCCUUAGCGAGCCCCACCUGGCCCAGGCUGCUGUCUCCAGGACAUUGUAGCCUUGUCUGUGUGAACUCCAGGCAGGCCCUCUGCCUUCCCUGCUGAACGGAGGAGCCGGGGGUGGUCUGCCCGGCCCUCCUGGCUGCAGGGGGCCAUUGGCAGGGGACCUCCAGGUCAGCUGGAAAUCUCUCCCAGGCUGGGCCAAUUGCCUUUUGCACUUCCCAUCCCUGGUGGGUCUCCCCUGCUCUGCUUGCCUUUUCUGAUGCCCCAGAAGCUUCCAGAAUUGACUGGGACCAUUUGGAUGUCACCCUUGCCUGGGUGUCCACGUUCAGGUUUCUCCACGGAGCUCCUGCUGGAGGGCCCCAGAAGACUGUGUUGGAUGGCUGCUGGGCCCACUGCUCAGAUGCUCAGCCCCGCACAGGACUCUUGGGUGUCCCCAUCGGCAUGGCUGCUGGCGGACCCAUGGGAGUGGCAGAAGUGGGGUGGGGGAGGUCUCCUGCCUGGAGUGGGGUCUGGGAUGGCCUCUGCGGCCUUGGGGGUGCCAGCCUGUUGAAUGUCCCCACUGGCCUUGCUAGUGACAGCUCAGACCCUGUGUUGGUGGUGACAUCUCAGCCCUGUCAGGAUGGCUCGGACAUCCCCACCGGCUUUGUUGGUGGCUCAUCCCAGACACCCAUGGUUAGGGCGGGCCACCCAGUCCGCCCUUCCGCCCGGCACUGGACGAGCGGGGCCAGUAGCGAGUGCCCCUGUGCUGUUGCACAUGGGCCUUUCCAAGCAUCGAGGUUUCGUUUCCGACUUGAGGUUAAGAAAUAAAGCUGCAGGGCC